CUUACAUAUUCAUGGCAUCGACAUCAGCACCACGGUCUUCUUCAGAGCUAACUAUCAAAAUUGAAAGCAAUCUUUCAAAAUCACGACUAUCAGAGCUGGGUAUAAAUUUGUGGCCCAAAUGGGGUUGUCCUCCUGGUAAGUACUUGCUCAAAUUCGAUGCCCAAGAGACAUGUUAUUUGCUGAGAGGGAGAGUGAAGGUUUACCCAAAAGGCUCAUCAUCUGAGUCUGUGGAGUUUGGUGCCGGUGACCUUGUCAUCAUACCCAAGGGACUUAGUUGCACGUGGGACGUAUCCGUUGCAGUGGACAAGCAUUACAAAUUCGAGUCUUGCCCCGUUCCUACACCUUCUUCCAAUUGAUUGAGAUUAGAGCUAAAUAUUUGAAUUUUUUUAUUGUUUAUCGUGCUUAAUAUUCACCAGGAAAAU